GGCGGGCGGCCGAGCGGCCCCUGCGAGGGCUCCGCUCCGCCUCUGGGCCGGGAGCUUCCGCCCAAGAGCUCCGGGACAACCUAGGCAAGUCGCAACGCCAUCCUGCCAACCGCGAGCACCGUCCCGUACCCACCGCCUACCCCCGGAGCGCGCCCGGGUCACGCCCUCUGCCCGGCCGCUGACCACGCCCCCUUUGCGACACUCGCGCUGCGGCCGGGCCGCCCCCGGUGCGGUGCCGGUGCCUGUGCCGGUCCCGGUCCCGGUGCCCCCGGCCAUGUCCGACCCCCAAUCCCGGUUCGUGGCCCGGGCUCGCCGCCGCUUCGCCAUGACCCGCGAGUGCGCCCUGUUGCUGCCCGGCGUCUGCGCUGCCCUGGCCGACCCGCGGCAGCCCGGCCUCGACGACACCUGCCUGGAGAAACUGCUGGACUGGUUCCGCAGCCUGACGUGGUUCGAUCCGACUGUGGAGCUGCUGCAGGACAACCCGUGUCUGACAGAGCUCAUCACCUCCGUGCUGGCCCUGCCGGAUCCCAGCCCCAGCAUCCUGUCCUUUACCCUGCAGUUAGCUGGGAUCCUCGCCUCUUCUGAAAGCCGUUUCCAGCACCUGCAGGAGAAGCUGCUGGGGAGGCUCUUUGGCCAGGAGGGGCCGCGGGGCGGUGCGGCGUGGGAGGACGCGUCGGUGCGCAGCGGCUGGGUGAAGGGUGUGCACAGCAUGGUGCACCACCAGCCUGCCCUGCACUUCCUCUGCUCCACGGGAGGCAUGGAUGUGAUCUUCGCUCUGCAAGGGGAUCCCAGCCUGUUUGUGGCUUCAGCUGCCAGCCAGCUCCUGGUGCACAUACUCACCUUCUCCCUAGAGUCUGAAACAUUGAAAGCUCUCAGUGCAAAGGACUGUGACUGGCCAGUAUGUGCCCAGAUGAUUGUAAAGCACAUAGAAGAGUCACUUCAGUCCAGCUCUGCCUCUCACAUCGAGCAGUCACUGAAGCUGUUGAACAGUUUGUUCAGCAGCUAUUUUGGCAGUUGUUAUGCUGCAUGGACUGAAGUCCUUUGGUUAGACGUAGCAAAGCAAAUCGAAUCCUUUCUGCUGGAGGAGACUGUUCAAGCACAGCCCGUGCUGGCCAAUCUUUUGCUUAACGUGGCACGGUCACCUGUGUUUUGUGGCUCUGAAGGCAGCUUUUGGGCAUUAAUAACUUCUGCUCUGGAACACUUAACCCCAGUACAAGCAGGUCCUCUGGCAGUGGGACUUCUGAAGCUCUGCAAAUGCCCACAAGAUGUCAGGAUUCAGGCACUGACUGUUCUGCUUCAGCCAAUGGACUGUAUUUUGAGAGCAGCCUCCCAGCCUCUGGAAUAUGCAGGUACAGUUGUGACAGAAAAGUUAGAGGCCUGCUUGCCAGUGUUUCAAGUGUCUGGUGCAGACAAAACUGGAGGAAAAAGAGUAGGAGAAGUCAAGGAGGGUAGCAGUGUUUGUGGUUUGCUGGAUGAGUCUGUUAGUGAUCCUGUCACUGUUGAAAGUCUUCUGUCCUCCAAGACAUCUUGUGCUGGUCUCCUAUGUCAGACCCUUGCUCACCUGGAGAAGCUGCUGUCUCUGAAACAUUUAAGAGUGGAUUUACCCUGUGCGUCCUUGCUGCGCUCUCUCAUGACAAUUUUACAGUUCUGCAAUGGCUUCUUGAGCCCAGCUUCUCCUCUGGGAAGAACAAUAAGCCAGAAUUUGAUCAAUUGCUUCAGAGUGCAAAAGUCAGCUCUUGAUGUCCUUGCGGCACUCUCAGAGAAGAAAGACUGUGACACCCUCAUAGGAAGUCUAUUUGAUGUUCUUCUGGCAUAUCUGCACAGUCCAAACACCAGCCCUACUGUUCUAAAGAAAACCUUUCAAGCUACAUCCAAGUGGUUGGUGCACUUGCAGGAACUGUCCUGCUCCAACAGUCAGUGGCAACAAACUGAGAAGAUUUUGGAAGAUGUGUUUCUGGUGCUGCAGAAGCAUUUGUGCAGUCCUUGCUGGGAAGUAAGAGAUUCUUCCCUGGAAUUCCUCACUGCCAUGGUUAAAUGCUUGAGAGACCAGAAGGAGUUCAAGCAGUGUCUCCUGUCCCCAGAGGUGCUAAGGCUCACAGAAAACCUGCUGGAGGAUCCAGAGAGCUACGUGCGAGCGAGUGCUGUGACUGCGGUGGGACACCUGGCCUUCAUCACUUGCUUUGCUCCAGAGUCACCUGCCACAGGCAAUCUGUAUAACAAAGAGAACACUGUAGCAAAGCUUCAGGAAAUCUUGUCAACAGACUCAGAGGGCUUUCCUAGGAGGGCUGUGAUCAGCAUCUUCACCACGUGGCUGAGAGAAGGCUGCACGGGUCAGCCUGAGGAUACAGAGCAGUUUGUCUCUAGAGUCAUCCAGACCGUGGAGCAUGACUUAGACUGGGAAGUCAGACUUGGUGGUUUGGAACUGGUUGAAGUUUUCUGUAGUCAGACCAUUUGCCAGCUUUCCCAAUGUCCCUAUGCUCCUGUCUACUCUGCAGUCACAAGUUCCACCCCUCAGAAUGAGCUGCUGCAGGUGUUUUGUCGAGCAAAGCUGUUUGGGUUUUUGUUUCGAUCUUUGUGUGACUGUGACAAACCCGUGGGGCAGAGAGCCUGUGAUGUGCUGAUUGGCUUAAGAGGUCAUUUCUACCCCAUGAGUACUUUGGAGAAUCCACAGGAGAUUGAAGAUUCACCUGCAGGACGUGGCAUUGCCUGGUUACAGAGGACACUAAGACAGGGUUCUCUGGCCCAGAACUUCCCCACGGAUGGUGGUGAUGGGGUGGAUUUCCAAGACCCAGAGAGCAUGAUGUUAGCUUUGGGUGCAAUAGACUUACUGGAGCUACAUGAUGAGCUAAAUAAAAGUAGUGACCAUGUGGAAGAAAGCCCUCAGUCUCUCUUACAGGACAUCCUUGCUACUGUGGGGACCAUAGAGGAUAAUGAAGUUGACUGUUACUGAACUCAUCUUUUGCUCUGAGGGAGCAGUUUUCUUCUGGAGGAGAAGGAUGGUUUUGUUAGCUGUUAAAUGGGUUAGAAAAGCUUUGCUUUAAUACUGAUGAAUUUUUUUCAUUAAUGUGUCAUUUCCAAUAAACUGUUACUUCUUUUUCAAAGUAAAAACAUUAA